AUGGAGACGAAACGAAGAGUAACACGAUCUAAGGACCAACGCUCAAAACACGCACAAGAAAGUCGGCAGAAAAGAGAGGAAAAGGCGCUCCAACAGGGUCUUUUAGUUUUCCUCUUGAAUUCCGAUUGUUCAGUCUAUUUUAAAAGACCAAAGAAAAAGGCUCGUUUGACACAUCAACUCUUUUCGAUUAAGUCUUUGGUUAUCAAAGAUGAGUUCAUUGCCCUGAACGAAAUUGUACACUCGAGAUGUAAACAGGACUACAAAAAGGAAAUCAACGGGGGGUUAAAAGAUAAACAGGCAUAUAGAAGAUACCUUUCCAAAAAGACAGACACAAUGAACACUUUAUUACUCGACUUCUGUAUCGAAAUUGGGUACUUUUUUGAUUACAAAAAGAAGAAAGGAAAGAAUGAAGGUAAGAAUGAAAUCAUUGAAAGAGUGUGGAGGAAUGGGAAAUUACUUUACGGAUCCGAAGAUAUCAAUUCGAUUGGAGAUAAGGUGUCAAAUUUCCUGCACGAGAUGUCGAAAAACUCGAUGAAGGUCUGUGUUGUACCUCAAAAAGAACUCACGUUCGACCUCAUCGUCACAAAUUCGUUGUUUGACUAA